AUGUACAUUCCAGGGGAGCCCGAACGUUCAGAGGUGGUUGUGAUUCAAGAAAUGGUACAGUCAGUCUUCAGAAUGAUGACCACUAUACUUGGACAAACGCCACAUCAAUACCCAAACAAAAAUAUUCAUACUCGUUCGGAGAAAAUUACUUCAGAUAGACAGUCUCAAGAUAGCGCUAAAACAUGGAUAUUAGCCAUACCGCUCGGUGUGAUGGUUGUUGUUUUCCUUAUUGUCUCGUGUCUAAUCGCUAUCAAUAGAAGGCUCGAACAAACAAGAGAUCACUAUACCCAACGACCCUUAUCACGAACAUCGACAACACGAUCGGGAAAAUUACGAAAUGAUACUCGCGUUUUAUACCCAGUCUAUUCCCAUAGACCGAAACCGACAGGAGAAAUGGGCGCUGCAAGAGCUGCAUUGGGUGCUACGAUUACUCCAGCUCCCAGAAGUUCACCAAUCGAAGAAGAAUGUACAACAGAAAGUCCAAGAAUUCCAAGCUACUACCGACCAACCGGUCAGAUUGGGGCAGCAAGAGCGGCACUUGGUGCGAGAGUUGAGCCAGAAGUUCGACAAGCAAGAACAAGUAACGACAGACCCCUGAGAUUUCAGGAAAGCUAUGUUCCCACUGAUAUUGGCAGUCGGGUCGUCUCACGUCCUAUUCAACAGUCAGAUUCUGUAUACACAUUACGGCCUGGCGAAAGUUUUGCAGACAUGAUGCAAAGAGUAGAUAGUGAGGUACAACGAGCAGUCUCAAGAUAUCCUAUCUUCGCGAAUAAUCUACCUAGUCCCCCACCAGCUCGUCUUCGUCGACCCAGUCGAUCAGCAGGACCAAUGACGAUAGAUGAGGAAGUGAGUCGACAAGUAGCCUCAUUUCCUAUCUUCCAGCAAAACUCUGGAACUCAGCAUGCAAUGGCUACUGGAAGUAAUGAGGAACAAUAUCGAGAAUCUACUACGAUCACAACAGCAAGAGCAAACGCAGAAAUGAAUAACGAGGAAUUGAGAAGGGAAGUUGCGACACUUCCUGUCUUCCAAAACACAGCUGAUUACCGCUCGAUGCCGACAAGGAGACCAGAUCCAGUAACUCCAGGGUUUGUGACCCCACCGCCAGCGUAUUCACACGCACCAUCAUAUAGGGGAUAUGACUCAGACGAGGAAGCGCCAGAAAAUGAGGCAGAUGAUUUGGUUGAUGAGGAAAACCGUGUAACUACUCCUUCUACUUUACCUCCAGCUUAUAUCAGAGGAGAUUAUAGUCAUUAA